AUGGACUGCACCGACAUUGUGAUAGGAACCGCUAAGGGCAACUACCAUAGAGUGCUCGACUAUUACACCAGAGACAGGUCAACGCCCCGAGUGGACACGUUCUGGGGCGGACACGAUGACAUCACCGCCGCGUCCGGCUACGAGGAGAACGGAGUCACCACCAUCAUGUUUAGGAAGAAAAUUAAGGCUAAAGAGCCCACAGACCAUUCAAUAGUGGACGACAAUAUGCACGUGAUCUGGGCCCGCGGUCAAGAGCCGGGCAAGUACGUCCACUCCCCACCCUCGGGGCUCGAGCGAGGCACCGCGUCUGUGGGAGACUUCUACAGACCCGACGAACUGAAGUACCAUGGACAUGGAUCACAGAGAGGCGUCGCUACUAUUAACUUCUUCGAGGAGACGAAAGUAUCAAUAUCAGGUGGUAUUCUCCCCCUUGCUGACAAAUGUGGCGGGCAAUGGCGUCUCCCAGCAGACUGCGACCCAGCCAACAAGACGUGUGACUAUGUCGCCACGUGGGAGUAUCUCGGACAGAAACGAGGCAAGGACUCUGUACGAUUCACCAUAUCUACCAAACAGACGAAGCAUUGGACCGGGAUUGGGUUCAGCGAUAAUAAAAAGAUGUCUCAAUCUGACGCUAUAAUAGGCUGGGUGGACGCUAGAUCAGGUCGUCCAUUCAUGAUGGAUACCUGGGUGUCUGGGUACUCUGCACCGCGCGUCGACCCUCGACAGGACCUGGCGCAGGAAGCCGGCAGCACGGUCGAUGGAAUCACCACGCUUAGCUUCGUUAGGAAACGGAAUACUGGGGAUCAGAAGGACCUCAGCUUCACAGACUCCCAGUGUCUGUACAUGAUGUUCAUCACUCACGGCGGCGGCUUCGACCCGGUCAACAAGCGCACUAGCAAACACAUGCAGACUCCAAUCGUUACUGACGAGAGAGUCUGCAUCAAACCCUGUGGCCCUGAACCAAUUGAAGAAGAAAUAACUACGGAACCAGUGAUACCUGGACAGGCGUCGUAUACAAUGUUGAUCCGUAUAACGGGGCUGGCAGACAGCUACAAGCCACCGGCGGCCGGCAGCAAGGAGUUCGACGAGCUCAGUAAGACGGUCGCUGACAGCCUCGCCGCCGAACUUGGGAAGAAUAAGGGAUACCACGCUGUACUUGUUAACGGGUUUAUGCAAAACGAAACAAAAGCGAUUAUAGCAGAAUUGACGCUAAAAUCAAUAGAAUCCAACUCUAUCGAGGGCUCGACUGGGCGGGCCCUGUCUAGUGACAACAGUACGGACCCGGAGCAGGGCGCGGCGCGCUGGGAGCGGGCCGUGCGGGACACGCUCGCACUCGGCCGCGUCGGGAACCUCAAUGUCGACCCUGAGUUCUUGGUCUUUGAACCACAAAGUUUACUAUCAGAGCGUCCAACAGAGGAAAGUACCGGCAAUGCGCGCGUGUUCUUCGGUCUAGCAGAGACCAAGCUGUACGUGGUGGUCGGCUGCGUGGCGGCGCUCGUACUGGUCGCGCUGCUGCAGGCCGCCUGCACCGUCUACCGGACCAGGAGCAACGCUGUACAGACUAAGGAUCAACUAAUUCCAAGCUCAGCCUGGAAAGACUAUUCAUCAGCAAACACCAACUACGCAUUUGAACCAUUUGAAAACGACGACAAAUACAACAGUACCACAUCAACAGCUCCAUUACGUCACAGACAGACCCCGCUAAGACCCACAGACCCGCCCCCACCCCGCCCCGGCAGUGCCAACAAAACCCCAACAAAACCCAAGUCAAACGGGGUCAAUGGGCAACAUGGGGUCAAUGGGCAACAUGGGGUCGUUGGACAACAUGGGGUCGUUGGACAACAUGGGGCCAAUGGUCACGACAUGAGACACGGGGUCAAUGGACACGGUACUAAUGGCCGUAUGACCCCGAAGCACCAGAAUAGUGCGGCGCAGUACUAUCAUGAGACCAGGUCGUUGCAGCGGCCUAGGGGAGGGGGACAGUAUGGCUACACCGGUCGUCCGGACCGCGAGCGAGCGACAUACUCUCUCCCGCGCGGCGCCCGAGGCCCGGAGCCAGGUCUCUCCGCCCACCCAGACUUCUACUUCAUGCCCUCACAACGCAAAUACGAAGGUGAAGUAGUCAAAGUAUACGUAGACUAUAGAGACAGACAGUAG